GUAAAUUGGAGCUUUUGAUGAGAGUAGCUCCCCUUUGAUUUUAGGAUAGCAAUCAUGGCACAAGGAAAAUACAAGGCCUCAAAACUUCAAGUACCAGGCAAAAAGAAAGAAAAGCAUGGCAGACCUAAAGGAGUUAUUAAAAAGGGUCACCUACAGAUAGCACCAAAAAAGGCACGUCUAGUAGAAGCUGCAAAGUUAAAAAAGGAUUUGGAGAAGGGUAUCAGAGCAUGUAUUGAAGAAGAAGUUACAGCAAAAACAGUUUCCUUGGAACCACGAUCUUUAUCUAUGUUAAAACCUUCCACAUCAAAGAAAACAAAGAAAAAUAAAUCUUGAUUUUAAUAUUA